AUGAAGGAAGCACGUGGAUAUCUAGUUCUAGCACCCUGCCCUCCUUUAGUCCAGGGUUCCCAGUAUCCUUCACCUUUAGACGGAGGGGACAUGGAACUCCCUCCAAUACCUUCACCAAGUUUAAGAACAGGUAAGGGGUUUCAGUCUAAAAAUCCUGGUAAGGAGAAGAGUAGGAGUUACAGUAAAAAGGAGCAGACAUCUCAGCAGAGCAAGGAGUCUGCUUGGUGUCUAGACUUCAGUGAGGGUCUUAUUGCAGUUGGUUGUAGUACUGGCAAAAUAGAGGUUUGGAACGCUAGUACUGGGGAACUACUGUGUUCCUAUCAAGAUGGAAGAAAGGUUCCGCUUGUUGCCUCCAAUAACCCUCUCCAUGGUGGUCUCUCCCGAAGCAGUUAUUCAACUCAGGUUUGCAAUAUGGNCUUACUAACUUACUUACUCAUCUACAAAUAUGUGGCAAUAUCUUGUAUUCAAUAUUUCAGACUAUUAAACGGACGCCUGGUGGCCAUUAGGCUAGACGGUCACAUUGACUUUCUAGAUAUAGUUUCAGUAGGGUUCUCUUCAGGUUUUAUAAAUGCUCGGACUAGAACCUUCUCCAGUAACAGUUUAGAUAUGGAGAGUAUCUCUAGUAUUGGUGACAGUGUAACUAUAUCCUGGAGACAUACUGUGAAGGCUCAUCUGCAAUCUAUUACCUGUGUAGCUGUCCAAGGCUCUAGGCUUAUAACGGGUUCUGAGGACCACACCCUCCGAGUAUUCCGUGUCGAGGACGGAGUUGGUGUUUAUACACUUCAUGGACAUUGUGGACCAAUCACAGCUGUAUUUAUUGAUCGAUUCAACCAUUCAGCUGCUGGGUCAGCCUCCCAGGACGGUAUACUGUGUAUGUGGGAUCUCCUAACAGGAGCUUGUGUUUACAGCAUACAGGCGCAUGAUGGAGCCGUGUUAAGUCUAGAAUAUUCUCCCAGCUACGUUGUCUCCUAUGGACAGGACGGCAAGCUCUGUGUUUGGGAACGUUUCCAUGGUCAUCUUAUUAAUACAAUAAACAUGACAUUGCUUGGUGAGCAUAGUUCCGAUGACCUGGUGAUGUUGACCCAUAAUCUAAUCGUUACAGGUCGCACAGGUUCACUCCUCGUGUGGGACGUAAGGUACGGACAAUGCACGGAUAUUGUAUAGUGGGACCCAGAAAACUGUAGGAUAGGAAGAAGAUGGUUCGACUGAAGUUAUGAUUUAUAAGUAGUCCAAUGAAUAGUGAACAAACAGCAAU